UAUUUAAUUAUAAGAAAAUUUAUUGUGUGAGCUAUGUAUCAAUUGUAGGCGUCACAAAUACACACAAAGAAUAUAUCUACAGUUUCAAAUUUCAUGGGGCGUUUGAUAAAAUGUUACUGAUUUUACAGAAACACUUUUCUUUCUUUUAGUUCUUCGUUAUUCAGUGUACAUCAUCAUGUCAUUAGUUCAAUAUAUUUUCAUUUUGACAUUUUUUAACCAUUUUUUGAUGCAUGUAAUUAAUGGUCAAUCAUGGUCAAAAUCUUGCAAUUUAGUUGAAGAAAAGUCACCAUAUUUACGUCUCAAAAGACAUCUUUUAUGUGAUUAUGAUCCAAGUGUUCGUCCAACCAUUAAUUUCCGCAAUAGAACAGAUCUAUCAAUAGUAGUUGUUCCAAAACUUAUGGACUUUAAUGAAUUUACAAAUGUUAUGAAGCUGCAUACUUGGAUGUACAUUGCAUGGAAAGAUCCUCAUUUGCAGUGGAAGCCUGAGGAAUUUGACGGAGUUGAUUCUCUCUAUGUUAUGAGUCAUGAAAUUUGGACACCUGACAUUACUAUUGUCAAUGCAGGAUUUGGCGAGCAAGAAAUUGGUAUUCCCCUUACGAGUUGCAUUCUUUCGAAAGAUGGAAGAGUGGCUUGUGUUCCAAUAGUUUGCUAUUCAACGAGGUGUCAUAGAGAUCAUACAUAUUGGCCGUUUGAUCAACAACAUUGUAGUUUUGAGUAUGCUUCAUGGUCUUACAAUACUGAAGAAAUAUAUUUAAGUAAAGAUAGUUUUCGACUGCAAAUGAUUCAUUUUGUACCUAAUGCAGAAUGGAAAAUCAAUAAUUUCAAAGUUGAACCAGUACAAAAAAAAUCUAAAUACACGUCGCAAUUAUAUUUGGCCGCUGUUUCUAUAAAUUUUAAUGUAGAACGUGUAAAUAGUAUGUUAAGACGAAUGUUUAUUACACCAAUAAUAGUGGUUAUGAUGAUGACAUUAGCAACUAUGUGGUUUGACUCAGCAUCAAAAGAACGACUCAUAAUUGCGUGUAUUAAUUUUAUAAUACAUUUUUUAUGUCUGUCACAUCUUCAUUGGAGAUUGUCCGCUGCAGUCAUCCCUAAUAUCCUAAUUUUUUAUCACAGUUCAAUGAUAUUGGCGACGAGUGCCCUAAUUUUGACGUGUAUAUUUAGGAAAUUGGUCAUUUUAAAAACGUCACCACCAACGUGGGUUUCUUCUACGAUUUUGACAGUUUUAGUAAAUAAAUAUGGUCAGGUAUUACUAUCACUUAUAUUCGAUUUGAAAGCAUCAGCGAAAAUUUUAGAAGACGGUGAUGAUAGUAAUGAUCUUAUUAAUUCCGAGUUUUCAAAAACAACCACCUGGAAUGAUGUCAUUGUUCUUUUAAACUGGAUUAUAUUAAUCUGUUUUGUCUUUAUUUAUAUUAUUAUGUGUGUAGUAUUUAUUCAUAUUCCAUAGCUAUUCAAUUAUUUUCUCAUGUAAAAUAACAUAACAAGCAAUAUUGUCAAUUUAUAAUCAUUUA